CCUGUUUUUGGGGUCUUGAGUUAAAAAGGAAUCUCCUUUCAGGGUUUUGUUCCCUUUUACACACAUUUUGGGUAAAUGCUAAUUUCCUAAAGCUCCCGUUUUUUCAGUUCUGUCCCCAUUGUCUUUGUAGUCCUCCAGAAAAGAAGAAAAAAAGUCCAAGUCUUUCGUUAGAGAGGAACCCACUAAGCGUGCUUAACAACAAUACAAAAGCAAGAUACGUCUGUUUAAAUACCUUUUGCCUUUGUGGGUUUGAGUUGUUAGAGCUCUUGUUUCAGGGAGGUUCUUUUCCUUCAGAGGUUCUAUUCAUAUAUUGCGUCCGGUUUUCUGUUUCUUAGUUUGAAAGAUUUUCGUGGGUUGAGAGCUGUUGUUUUGUCUUAGUUUCUGGGAUUACUCUGUGUUCUAGUGAAGAUCUCAGGUUUCUCGCUUAUUCCUAUAUGGGUUUUUUUAUUUAUUUAGAAUCUGUUUUGAAUGGUAUAUAUUGAUGAUUCAGAGAUGUGGGUGUUGAAGAUUUUGUACUUUGGUUGAGGACUUGAAGGCUUGGAAAGCAAAAAGUCAUUAUUAUUGUUGAGUCAAGUAGAAAUGGAUAGUUCGAAGAAUGGUAAGGCUUGUCCUAAUUUGCUAGAUUUGAUUCCCAAAAAGGGAGAGUGGCUUGUGAAGAGAGAUGAAGAGCGAGUCCAUGUGUCCUCUGUGGAGAAAAGCCUUGAAUUAAAGCUUGGUCCACCAGGUGUUCAAGAAUGGUCCAUGGAGAAUUCCUCUAAAAACAACAACAAAGGAAGAGAUAAUGAAAAGUCUAUUAAUCUCUCUCUUGGCUACUUCUCUUCCAUGUCUAACAACAACAGCAACGAUAGGAACCUAACACAAAAGUUCUCUUCUUCUGAAAAUUUUUCCUCUCCAUGGUCUACAAAGGGUUCUUCUUUUCUUCAGUUUCCAUCUACAACCCAUCAAAGCAUCGUAAAAGAAUCCUCAGAGUCACAGCCCUGUGGCACCAAAGUAGUAGACUUGCAGUCUGCAGAAAAUAAGGCAUUUUCACCCCCACCUGCAAAUACAGAUGUGCCCAACAGCUCCCAGAAAAGAACUGCCCCUGGUCCAGUUGUGGGGUGGCCUCCAGUCCGUACAUUUAGAAAGAAUCUUGUAAGCAGCAGCUCUUCAAAAGCAUCUCCUGAUCCUCAAAAUGGAGUCCCAAACAAGAAGAUUGCCAGUGAAAAACAAGUUGAAAGUAGCAGCAAAGGUAGGUUUGUGAAGAUUAACAUGGAUGGAAUCCCAAUUGGUAGGAAAGUGGAUCUCAAAGCCUAUGACAGCUAUGAAAAACUUUCAAAAGCUGUUGAUGAACUCUUUAGAGGCCUUCUUGCUGCUCAAAAAGAUUCCCCUGCUCAUGGAGUAAUGAAUACUGAAGAGGAAGAGAAACCAAUCACUGGUGUAUUGGAUGGCAGUGGCGAAUAUACUCUCGUUUACGAGGACAAUGAAGGAGAUAGGAUGCUUGUUGGGGAUGUCCCAUGGCAUAUGUUUGUAUCUAUGGUGAAGAGGCUGCGUGUUUUGAAGAGUUCCGACGUCUCUGCCCUAACUCCUCCUUCUUUUUCAGUAUCAAGUGGCAAGCCAGGCAGGACUAAACUGGACUCAGCAGCAAUGAAAUGAAAAUGAGAUCUUUUGGUUUUUAUUAUUACUAUGGAUCUUCUUGCACUUGAAAAGUACAUAUUACUUGUAGCAAGCCGUGUGCACUCUUUUCUUUUUCUAAUUUGCCAAUUUGGAGUUCCAGAUUGACAAAUGCUCUUUUCACCUCAAAUGUAACUGGAAGCAAUAUGCUUAAAGCAAGCAAUGUGUUGCUCUUGGAUGUGAAAUAUAAAACUAGAAGGUUUUGAGCCACUAAACAAGUAAUUAAGUAAAGGCAAGGUACUGUGGGUUUGUUCUUGUUGUAAA